UAAACGUAUAUAUUGAAAGAGCCUCUCAAUGAUUUUUGUAUUCUCAUUUAUAGCACCAACUGCCUUGUCAUGCCACUGGGACGGCGGCGGGCGAAACAAAGAACCGGACACAGCUCUCAUGCGGCUUUAAGAAACCAAUUGGAUGUCCAUUCAAGUGUUAUUAGACACUGCCACACUACCGACUUAUACUUGCUCUACCCAUGAAGUGGUCCCGUACCGCCUUGUGCGAAGCUUUGAUAUAUCUAUUGCCGUGGCCCUGAAUUUCUUAGCAACUGGACUUUACCGCGAUGGCAUUUCCUCAUCAUAGCGGAGGUGGCGGGCCCUCUUCCGUGCCCAUGCCCAUGCCAUUUCAACAAGGCCGGUCCCAUCCAUCACCGCAGCCGUCAUCUUCUUCCGCGGCUCAUGGGCGCGGUCCAAUUCCAGACUUCCAUCACCCUCAUGCGAGCCCGAUGUUUGGCUUGCAGGAUAACCAGUUCGACAUUUUUGAGUGGUAUCCACAAUUCCAAUCUUGUCUGAGAUACUUCUUGGAUCAUGCCCAGUACAGUGGGCCUGUCCAGGCCGUUGCAGCUUUUGUGAACAUCCAGCUGCCGUGCCAGAAAUCCAACCACCCGAUACCAUCGUCGAGGUCUAGCGGGGGAUCUCAAUCAGGUGUUGCAUCACCAACUGUCCGACCUGGGGGCGCUUUGCCAACAACGGGGCCUUCGAGCAGCAUUGUCACCCUAACGCCUUACAUUCGUCGCCUCGUAGCGACGGGGUUUGAUUUCCCUGGGGUCCUUCAUGGCUUUUUCGGUGACGAUUGGGUGGCCGGAGUAGGCCGACUUCAUGAAGUAGAACGCAGAAACUAUUUAUUUGCGGCAAAGAGUGCCUGCUGGCUCGAUGUAAAACGUGCUUACGAUGAUGGGGACGGGCAAAGUAUUCCUUUUCUCCGUCCGCUGCAGCAUGCUACGGAGGAAGAAUUGGUCAGCGCGGAAACACACUGGAGCGAAUGGCUUUCUAUGCAGGAUUGGUUGAUCGGGCCAAGAUCUAUCGACAACCUUGACGCCAACUCGGAAAGAGACCAUAUGGGUGGUUACAAAGGAGAAGCACAGGAGGAUGGGCGUAGUCGCUACCAUGACAUUCGAUAAUUCGAAAGGUCAUGGCCACCUCACUGGCCCAAGGCAUCAUUUCACAGUACCAACGUCCAACCACAACGUCUUACGACAAUCCCUCGGUGUAACAGGACAUCUAAAGAAGAGGAUGGUGUUUUUGCC